AUGGGCCCGAAUGUGCAUGUGCAGAUGCAUCGGAUAGAUGGGUCAGUUGACGGGGACCUUUCGUCUGCGGAUAUUGACGUGAAAGCAGACCCGGAGUUGGAGGAAGAUGCCGGUUCCAAGAUUGGCGGCAUUGGCGAAGUGGGUGGAUUCAAGGAAAAUGGCCCGCAUUAUCAUGAGAGAAUAGGCAAAUCAGGGUCACUGGAGUUUGUUGGCGAUGUUCCCGAGGUUAUUGUUCAUGCUCAUGUGUUUUCUUCGGCCUACCCUGCAUCUGCUUUUAUUGAUCUACCUAGUAUUUCUUUACCUUCGGCUUGGAUUAUGCUAACACUGCCGGUUGGAAAGACAUCUAUCACGGUUCUGAUUCUGCCCUUCAUGCCGGCUUACGUCCACCGACUGUUAAGUUUUCUCAACUUUCAUCCUCUUUUUCCACAGUUGUAUUGGCUGAGCCUGAGUCAGUUGAAAUUGAAAAAAGGCUUUACCAGUUGA